AUGAUCUCCUCUUUGUUGCUUGGUAUUCUGCCCAGUGUUGCGUACGGCGCGCAGCUGGCUUACUCGCCUCCUCAGGCCUUGAUGGCCUUUGCAGUGGCAGCUGACGAUUGUAUCUUUCCAGCCGACUUCGAGGUUCGAGACUUUGGUGGCAUAUCGAAUAGCACGAAUGGCACCACACUUAGGUCCCUCGACUUCUCCUUCACCAGUACGGACACUGAGGUGACGACGCUAUGCCACUACAACUCUACCUCGGAGCCAUCUGUGCCCCCUGGCAGAACCCCGAGAUACAAAUGCGAGGACGGGGACGUUGAGUUCAUCUGGGAGAACGACAAGACGCGGUUAACGAUGAUCGAGAGGGUUUGUUCCGGAUCUGACGGCGUGCCCGACUAUGAGGCUGCAGGGAGCGUCCGUAUUCCCUUGACCUGCAAGCCCAUGGGAAAGUGUGCUACAAAUGCAACGGUGAACAAUGGCAAGUUCACCAAUAUCUCUCCCGCCGCUACAUUCAGUGUGUAA